GGUGAUCGUAUUUUUACCCGGUUAAAUGUAUUUUGCAAAAAAAUUCAUUUGCGGCUUAAAUACGGAUUUCCUUUCCUGCAAGACCUCUUGAAAAGAUUACUACUUUCAAGACAGCAAAUCAGGAGCUGACUGAAAUCACUACCCACAUGCGUAUGAUUCGACUUGUUUGUAUCUGACGGUCCACAUUCACCUUAGACUGGCCGUUGAAACAGAACUAUAGUGAAGACUGAACAUGGAUAACAGUGGUGGCGAAGCAAGUGGAAAAAGCUCGAGGAAGGUUGCCCUCAAUGAAAGGAUUAUUUCUUCAAUGUCACGGAGAUCUGUUGCUGCUCAUCCCUGGCAUGACUUGGAGAUUGGACCAGGUGCUCCAUCAGUUUUCAACUGUGUGGUUGAAAUUGGCAAAGGUAGCAAGGUUAAGUACGAGCUUGACAAGAUAAGCGGUCUUAUAAAAGUUGAUCGUGUUCUUUACUCAUCUGUUGUAUAUCCGCACAAUUAUGGGUUUAUCCCAAGAACUAUCUGUGAGGAUAGUGAUCCUAUGGAUGUCCUGGUAUUGAUGCAGGAGCCUGUGCUACCUGGUACUUUUCUCCGUGCUCGUGCUAUUGGUUUAAUGCCUAUGAUUGACCAGGGUGAAAAGGAUGACAAGAUUAUAGCAGUAUGUGCUGAUGAUCCUGAGUUCCGUCACUACACAGACAUCAAGGAGCUUCCUCCUCACCGUCUAGCUGAAAUCCGCCGCUUUUUUGAGGACUACAAAAAGAAUGAGAACAAGAAAGUUGAUGUGGAAGAUUUUUUGCCAGCCGAGGCUGCCAUCAAUGCCAUCAAGUACUCCAUGGAUCUGUAUGCGUCUUACAUUGUCGAAAGCUUGAGGCAGUGAUUGGCUAAUGUUCUGUGUACCCUGACCAUUUUAUAUCAUAGCAGUAAGGCUAGACUUCUUGCUACAUGCCUAUUUGCAAAACUUUUAAUACUUUAAAAUGCUGAAGAGACUUAGUUAAUGUGCCAUGUGUCAUAAUUAUAGUGAAAAAUUUGUUAUUGAAAUGAUUCCUUAUAUCUUAAGAUUCUACUGAGAGAACAUUUAAUUCAA